AUGGCCACGUCGUCACCUGGGGGGACCGGGAUUUCGGUGGAGAUUCCCGGGCGGUGCAGACGCAGCUGGAGCAGGUCACGGCCCUCUGCGGCAGCGGCAGCGCCUUCGCAGCGCUCCGGAAGGCACGGCGAACGUGGCGAACGGGGAGAAGCGCGCCAGGACCGUUCAGUGGUCACCUGGGGCGAUCCAAAGGCCGGUGGCGACUCCAGCCUGGUCGAGAUGCAGUUGCAGGAUGUGUAUCAACUCCAUUCCAAUGAGAAGGCCUUCUGUGCGGUUUUACACAGUGGAGGAUGCGUGAUUUGGGGCGACCCCUUGUGCGGUGGGCGCUCCUGGAGGGUGACCUGGGCCCUGAAGGACGUGCAGCAGGUGGCGUCGACCGCCUUUGCCUUCGCGGCGAUCUUGCAGAACGGGCAGGUGGUCACCUGGGGUGAGAAGCACUGCGGUGGCGACAGCUCAUCAGUGCAGCACCUCCUCAAGGAAGUGCAGCAAGUGAGGGGCUCGCGACAGGCCUUCGCCGCCAUCGUGGCGGGCGGAAAAGUGGUCACCUGGGGCCAUCCCAAUGCUGGGGGAAGCUGUGACUACAAUGUAGCUCAGCAGCUGCAGAAUGUCCAUUCCGUUGACGCCUUGAACGUCUACUGA